CUCCAUCCCUCCUCCAUCUCACCCUCCCUCCUCCCUCUCUGUAUAACGGGCUGUGGCUGCAGGAAGGAUCGCUCCGUUAGCGCACAGGCACCGGGAUUGUCUCCUCUCGGUCAGGCGGACCCGCCUCGCGCUCCAGAACCCGGAGGACGUGUGGAUCUCAUCAUGGAGUCAGCAUCGCGAUCAGCCUCAGCAGCAGCCCCGCACUUGACUUCCCCCCCGCAGCGCCGGCUCACGCGGAGAGCGCACUGACUGAGAGAUCCACCUUAGCAGAACUCUCUUUGGGUUUUAACGCUCCUCAGCUGCUCAUUUGUGGCUCCGUCGGUUCUGGAAUGAAGGUCCGAACUUUCCUGCUGUCCAGCCUGGCCCUGCUGUGCGUGGGGAGGGACAUUUUCUCCAGGGCCAUGCUGAGUGACAUCGGGGAUUAUGUAGGUACAGACAUUCAAAUCUCCUGGUUACCUAAUCUGGAUGAAUUAAUGAAGGGCUAUGCGAGAAACUUUCGUCCUGGGAUAGGAGGCCCUCCAGUGAAUGUUGCCAUGGCGAUUGAAGUGGCCAGCAUAGACCACAUCUCUGAAGCCAACAUGGAGUACACCAUGACCAUCUUCUUACGGCAGAGCUGGCACGACGACCGCCUGUCCUACAACCACACCAACAAGACUCUGGGGCUGGACAGCCGCUUCGUGGACAAGUUGUGGCUUCCAGAUACCUUCAUCGUGAACGCCAAAUCGGCGUGGUUUCACGACGUGACCGUGGAGAACAAGCUGAUCCGCCUGCAGCCCAACGGGGUCAUCCUGUACAGCAGCCGGAUCACCUCUACGGUGGCGUGUGACAUGGACCUGACCAAGUAUCCUAUGGAUGAGCAGGAGUGCAUGCUGGACUUGGAGAGCUAUGGCUACUCCUCAGAGGACAUCGUGUACCACUGGUCGGACAGUCAGAGACACAUCCACGGCCUGGACAAGCUGGAGCUGUCCCAGUUCACCAUCAUCGAUUACCGCUUUGUCACAGAACUGAUGAACUUCAAGUCCGCGGGACGAUUUCCGAGGCUCAGCCUUCGCUUCCAGCUGAGGCGCAACAGAGGCGUCUACAUCAUCCAGUCCUACAUGCCUUCCAUCCUGCUGGUGGCCAUGUCCUGGGUGUCCUUCUGGAUCAGCCAAUCAGCAGUUCCGGCUCGUGUGACCUUAGGGAUAACAACCGUUCUCACCAUGACCACCUUGAUGGUGAGCGCACGCUCCUCGCUGCCGCGGGCAUCCGCCAUCAAGGCCCUGGACGUGUACUUCUGGAUCUGCUACGUGUUCGUGUUUGCAGCCCUCAUCGAGUACGCCUUCGCCCACUACAACGCCGAUUACCGACUGAAAGAGAAAAGCAAGGUGAAGCCCAAGCUGAGCUCUGAGUCCAUCGUGAAGAACGGCAAACAGGCCAUGGUCCUGUUUUCCCUGUCUGUCACCGGCAUGAACCAAGGCGUGGUUAUUUCCAACCGCCAGGGCCGCACGCAGCGCUCCGGCAGCGAAAUCCCUGGAGAGAGGGGCACGGAGGAGGCAGUGCCCCGGAGGAGGAGGUCAAGGCCGGUGGAGGAGAGUGAGGAAGAGAAGAAGUGCUGCUCCAAGUGUGUCUGCAAACCCAUCGAUGCAGACACCAUCGACAUCUACGCCCGCGCUGUGUUCCCCUUCACCUUCGCCGUGGUCAACGUCAUCUACUGGGUGGCGUACACCAUGUAAGGGGGGGCAGGUUUAAGUGGAGAGCUGCCAUCCGGAGAUGUAUAGAAAAAAA